AUGUCUUUUCAUGCAUUUGUCGAUCUUUCGUUCUCCACAACAGAACAUUUUUCAAUGAAUUCUCUGGCUCAUGAUGACUUAUUGCCGUCAUCAUUCCGAACGAGGAUUUAUAUAUCAACGACAACGAGUCAAGAACAUCCGUAUCAUCAUUCCGAACAAUUAUUUCAAUUAUUGUGUCAAUUCCAAAAAAUCACUUCCCAAAACAUUGCACAACGAUUGGAAAACGAAAAUACUCAACGUUUACGUCUUUUGGUACGAGUAAAACGAAGAGGAUAUGAUGAAUUGAGAAAAUUACCGGAAUAUUCCGAUGAUCGUCAAGUAGUAUGGAUGGCCGUAAGAUCAUUUCCCCAAGCUCUUCAAUUUGCUUCAAUUCGAUUAAAAAGCGAUCGAGAAAUUGUGUUGCAAGCAGUCACGACGAAUGGAUGUGCCAUAGAAUUUGCCAAAGGAGAGGCAGCAAAAGACAGAGAAAUAUUUGAAAUGGCAUUGAAAACAUUUGACAAGGCUGUAGAUUAUUUGAAUGUUGAAUUGGGACAUUUUCGAGAAAUUGUAUUGAAAUGUGUUGAUAAAAAAGGAAUGUCAUUGAAGUAUGCAUGUGAAGAGUUUCGAAAAGAUCGAGAAAUUGUUCGAAAAGCUUUGAAACAAGACGGAAACGCAUUGCAAUUUGUGUCAAAUGAACUCAAGAAUGAACGUGAAAUGAUUGAAUUAGCUGUCAAUACCUCUGGAGAAGCCAUUCAAUUUGUUGAAAAUGAGGAGUUUCUCAACGACAAACAAAUUAUAUUAUUAGCUUUGAAAAGCAAUCCAAAAGCAUUGGAAUUUGUUCCACCCACAUUUUCCAAUGAUCGAGAAUUUGUUCAAAUUGCAGUCUCAAAAUGUGGAAGCUGUUUCAAAUUUGCUUCGAAACAGUUACGUGAUGAUUUUGAAAUGGUUCAAUAUGCAGUUCAAAGCGAUGCCAUUCCAGGGACCAAUUUCCACAGAUAUUCAUAUCAUAGUCCUACACAUCCUUCCACAGCAUUUAAAUUUGCCUCAGAACGGCUACGAAAAGAUCCACAAAUGGUUGAAAUUGCAUGUCUUGCCAAUGACGAUGCCUAUCAGUAUGCGGAUCCAUCUGUGACUCGAAACAACAAAACUCUCCUGUUGAAAAUGAUUGAAAAGUUUAAACAUUGUUACUUUUUAUCAGAGGAGGAACGGUUGUUAUGGAGUCAAGAUCGAGAAAUUGCUAUACAGGCAGCUCAAUAUGGUGUCACUCAACUUAUUUCUCCCAAGUUCAGAUAUGAUAGGAAUUUUGUGGCAGAGGUCUGUAAAAAGAGUCACUACUUUUUAUCCAACUUUACCUAUAGCACACAUUUUAAUCAAGAAUUUUGGCUUUUCAUAUUACAAGAAACCAAUGAUUAUCAAAUCUAUUACUACAUUCCAAAUGAGUUGAAGAAAGAUACUCAAUUUAUUUCUACGGCAUUGAGAAUAUGCCCAAGUGUGAUUUAUAUUUAUUCUGAUUCUCGUUAUGAUGAGUUGAAACAUUGUGUCGAAAUGAGUCGUGAAACUUUGCGGAAUACUUUGAAAUUUGGUACCAAAGGAUUAGAAUUAGCCUCUAAUCUCGAGGUUCGAAAAGAUAGGGCAUUAAUGUUAGAAGCAUGUCAACAUUAUCUCCGUGCCUUGUCACUCGCCGAUGAAUCCUUAACAUCUGAUAAGGAAUUUUUGAUUCAAACAUUCAAAACGACGAGAGUUUAUGACCGUCAAGCAAUGAGUUAUAUACCAGAUUCAUUGAGAAAUGAUCGAGAAUUUGUCAUGCAAAUGGUACAAGCGAAUAGCAUGCUGUUGGAGUUUUUGCCUCCCGAAUUUUGUAAUGAUCGUGAAAUUGUAUUGAAAGCCAUGAAAAGUUGCCCGAAUGGAAGCUCGUUCAAAUUUGCAAGUGUAUCACUUCGAAAGGAUCGGGAAAUUAUUGAGAUUGCACUGACAAAGAGCAUUUCCAAUAUUGAUCAUGUUCCCGAAGAUAUUCGAGAUGAAAUUAGAAAUAACUUCAACUCGACGACGAGUACUCCUUCUAAUAACAUCACAAGUGCUGCCACUCAAUGGAGUUUGAGAUAUCUCAAUGAUGAGAAGAGAAAACAGAGAGAUUUAGUAUUGAAAAAUAUUUCACUCAAUCCCUUAUCACUUCAAUAUGCAGAUGAUUCGCUUAAAAACGAUAAAGAAGUGGUCAUGGAAGCUGUGAAACGAAAUGGAACCUCUCUCAUGUAUGCCAGCAAUGAAUUGAAACGAGAUCGACAAGUCGCCAUUCUUGCAUGUUCAAGCAAAGGAAAUGGCUUUCGAUAUGUGGAUCCCAUAUUUCGCACAGAUCGAGAAGUAGUGACCAUUGCAGUUUCAAACUUUGGAGGAAGUUUGGAAUUGGUUGAAAAAGAGUUUGGAAAUGAUUUUGAAAUUGUGAUGAAAGCAGUUUCGAAUUAUGGACUUGCAUUACAAUUUGCAAGUGAAGAAUUACAAUCAAAUAUUGAAAUUGUUCGAGCUGCCAUUCAACAAGAUCCACAAGCUCUCCAGUUUGCAUCAGAAUGUUUCAAAAACAUCAACACUAAGAGUUUGAAUUGA